AUGAGCGACACUCAGGGGAGCGACAUCUGGUCGGCGGCGGGCCACGUCAAGAUUCCAGACGAUGCCUGGGAGUAUCAGAUCCGGAAGACGUUGAAUGAUGCUGCCUACAAUGGACUGGACUACGUCCCGUACUGCUCCACCAUGCCCGUGCAGCCGAAGUGUGAUGACGCCAAGUUCAUCUGGAAAAAGAAGGGUGGCAAGUAG